UCACAAACAAAAAGACAAGCGAGCGAAACUUAAAUCUCUAACGUCGCUUUGACACAAACAAAAUGAUGUAAGUUAACAGUUGUAUUAUUUACUUUGUUUAACAAAUCGAUGUUAACGUAACAUUCAUGCUAGUCUAUGAAACAAGCUUAACUCAAAACUCGCGAGUUUCCUUGCGCGAGAGUUGGUGAUCUCUUAGCAACGAUCAUGCUCGCUAACCGGGCGACAAUGGCGAAAAAGACUCGGAAGAUCGCUGUCAACAAGCGGGGGAAAGAAUACGUAUUCAGCAAGAUGUUGGCCGAGCGGAACCAGCCGAUCGUGGCCGUGGGAGCCUGGGUGGAGGAUGGCCAAGAGUUUGAAGAGCAUCCGUGUGACUUGGCUUCUUACACUGACGAGCUCCAGGCGGAGAAGCAGAGGGAGAAUGAAGAAACCCUGCGAAGAUUUCAAGCGCAAGUGCGCCAUCGUGUGGCGGUAAUCGGCAAGAGGAAGCGACAGGAAGCACAUUCACUGGCUUCUGUUAACAUGGGAAUCCCAAAACAUGUGCCAGGAAAGGCAAACAUAAAUGAGGUCCGUGACAGUACGAGACAGGUCCGACUCAAACUGGCAGCAUGCCAGACCAGCCAGUCCACCGACGAGACGUCAGAGUCUUCCACAGACAGCUCCAAGAUCUCGCUCGCCAGACAUAUGACUGAAUGUGGCGACCUGAGGGAGGAGGAGGAGGAGGAUUUUGAAGAUGAUGAUGAAGAGGAAGAUGAAUACAGAAGCCACCUUAGACGCCCAGUAAGCAGUUGCAAAUCUGGUUUGACAAGUGCAUGCGAGUGGGACGCGGCGAUGUCUGACUCGAGAAUCUCGAAGAUCCUUUGGACUUUACAGGACCAGGAGGAGUUGAGAAGACAGCGCCAGUUGCAGUUCCUGAUGCACCGCCGCCACUACAUGAACGUCGAGCGGCAGCGCGUCAAAGAAAACAACCAGCACCGGAAGCACCUGAAGAAGACAGCGAGGAUCAAAGCGGACAAGGAAAAGGCUCGCCUGGAAGAGGAGCGGCAGCUGGAGCGUACCCGGCACCUCACGCAUGUCCGGCAGCACCUAGAGGAGCGAGAGAUGCUCAUCCUGGAGCGCCUCAAGCUGGAGGACGUAGAGAGAGCGGCCUAUCGUGAGAAGAGGAAACGGGAAACCAAGAAAGGGAUAGUGACCACCAGGUACAUCGAUGCUCUGAGAUCCCAAGUGCGGGACCGAAUGGCUGACAAGAAGUUGGACCUGCCACCACUGUGCUGCUGUGCGUCCUCUUUCUGGGACUCGCACCCCGACACUUGCGCCAACAACUGCGUCUUCCACAACAAUCCCAAAGAGUACGCGCAGGCACUACAUGCAGCUGUGUCCAGUUUGGAUUUAAAGUAAAAAAAUACUGAGGAGAUGGGGACCAACCAUCAAAUCCUAAAAUUCAACCAAUUACACAAAAUAAUUAAAAAAUAUAUUUUUUAAUCCU